AUGGCUAACCCAGGUGCCUUAGACCAAGCGGCUAAUCCAGGCGCCUUGGACUGCGUGGCUAACCCAGGUGCCUUAGACAGUGCAGCUGACCCAGGCGCCUUUGACAGUGCAUUAAAACCAGGCUCCUUAGACCAUGCAGCUACCCCCGGCGCCUCAGACUGCAUGGCUAUCCCAGGUGCCUCAGUCCACGGGGCUAAUCCAGGCGCCUCAGACUGCAUGGCCAACACAGGUGCCUUAGACCAUGCGGCUAAUCCAGGUGCCUUAGAGUGGGUGGCUAACCCAGGUAACUUAGACAGUGCAGCUGACCCAGGCGCCUUUGACAGUGCAGUUAACCCAGGCGCCUUAGACCAUGCAGCUAACCCACGCGCCUCAGACUGCAUGGCUUACCCAGCUGCCUUAAACCACGUGGCUAAUCCAGGUGCCUUGGAGUGCGUGGCUAACCCAGGUGCCUUAGACAGUGCAGCUGGCCCAGGCGCCUUGGACUGCAUUGCUAACCCAGUUGCCUUAGACAGUGCAGCUGACCCAGUCGCCUUUGACAGUGCAGUUAACCCAGCCACCUUAGACCAUGCAGCUAACCCUGGCGCCUCAGACUCCAUGGCUAACCCAGGUGCCUUAGACCACGCGGCUAAUCCUGGCGCCUUGUACUGCGUGGCUAACCCAGAUGCCUUAGACAGUGCAGCUGACCAAGGCGCUUUAGACCAUGCGGCUAAUCCAUGCGCCAUAGACUGCGUGGCUAACCCAGGUGCCUUAGACAGUGCAGCUGACCCAGGCACCUUUGACAGUGCAGUUGACCCAGGCGCCUUGGUCCAUGCAUUUAACCCAGGCGCCUUAGACCAUGCAGCUAACCCAUGCGCCUCAGAAUGCAUGGCUAACCCAGGUGCCUCAGACCAUGCGGCUAAUCCAGGCGCCUUGCACUGUGUGGGUAACCCAGGUGCCUUAGACAGUGCAGCUGAUCCAGGCGCUUUAGACCAUGUGGCUAAUCCAGGCGCCUUAGACUGCGUGGCUAACCCAGGUGCCUUAGACAGUGCAGCUGACCCAGGCACUUUAGACCAUGCGGCUAAUCCAGGCGCCUUGGACUGCGUGGCUGAACCAGUUGCCUUAGACAGUGCAGCAGACCCUGCCGCCUGUGACAGUGCAGUUAACCCAGGCGCCUUACACCAUGCAGCUAACCCAGGUGCCUCAGACUGCAUGGCUAACCCAGGUGCCUUAGACCACGCGGCUAAUCAAGGCGCCUUGGACUGCGUGGCUAACCCAGGUGCCUUAGACAGUGCAGCAGACCCAGGCGCUUUAGACCAUGCAGCUAAUCCAGGCGCCUUAGACUGCGUUGCUAACCCAGGUGCCUUAGACAGUGCAGCUGACCCAGGCGCCUUUGACAGUGCAGUUAACCCAGGUGCCUUAGAUCAUGCAGGUAACCCAGGCGCCUCAGACUGCAUUGCUAACCCAGGUGCCUUGGACCAUGCGGCUAAACCAGGCGCCUUGGACUGCGUGGCUAACCCAGGUGCCUUAGACAGUGCAGCCGACCCAGGCGCUUUAGACCAUGGUACUAAUCCAGGCACCUUAGACUGCGUGGCUAACUCAGGUGGCCUAGACAGUGCAGCUGACCCAGGCGACUUUGACAAUGCAGUUAACCCAGGCGUCUUAGACCAUGCAGGUAACCCAGGCCCCUUAGACCAUGCAGCUAACCCACGAGCCUCAGACUGCAUCGCUAACCCAGGUGCCAUAGACCACGGGGCUAACCCAGGCGCCUUGGACUGCGUGGCUAAUCCAGGUGCCUUAGACAGUGCAGCUGACCCAGGCACUUUAGACCAUGCGGCUAAUCCAGGCGCCUUGGACUGCGUGGCUGAACCAGUUGCCUUAGACAGUGCAGCAGACCCUGCCGCCUGUGACAGUGCAGUUAACCCAGGCGCCUUACACCAUGCAGCUAACCCAGGUGCCUCAGACUGCAUGGCUAACCCAGGUGCCUUAGACCACGCGGCUAAUCAAGGCGCCUUGGACUGCGUGGCUAACCCAGGUGCCUUAGACAGUGCAGCAGACCCAGGCGCUUUAGACCAUGCAGCUAAUCCAGGCGCCUUAGACAGCGUUGCUAACCCAGGUGCCUUAGACAGUGCAGCUGACCCAGGCGCCUUUGACAGUGCAGUUAACCCAGGUGCCUUAGAUCAUGCAGUCGCCUUGGACUGCGUGGCUAACCCAGGUGCCUUAGACAGUGCAGCUGACCCAGGCGCUUUAGACCAUGUGGCCAAUCCAGGGGCCUUAGACUGCGUGGCUAACCCAGGUGCCUUAGACAGUGCAGCUGACCCAGGCGCUUUAGACCAUGCGACUAAUCCAGGCACCUUAGACUGUGUGGCUAACCCAGGUGGCCUAGACAGUGCACCUGACCCAGGCGCCUUUGACAGUGCACUUAAUCCAGACGCCUUAGACCAUGCAGCUAACCCAGGCGUCUCAGACUGCAUGGCUAACCCAUGUGCCUUAGACCACACGGCUAAUCCAGGCGCCGUGGACUGCGUGGCUAAACCAGGUGCCUUAGACAGUGCAGAUGACCCAGGCGCUUUAGACCAUGCGGCUAAUCCAGGUGCCUUAGACUGCGUGGCCAACCCAGGUGCCUUAGACAGUGCAGCUGCCCCAGGCACCUUUGACAGUGCAGUUAACCCAGGCUCCUUAGUCAUGCAGGUAACCCAAGCGCCUUAG